AUGGCGCCCGGCGGGAAAGCUGGCUUGCGUGAUGCAGCCGUUCAUAAUUCCAACUCACCAAGUAAUGACGGUGAUGCCAUCAAGGUGUUUGUGAGAGUGCGACCCCCGUCAGAGGGAUCCGACUUGCCCGACGGAGAGCCGGGGCUCUGCUUGUCCGUCCUGUCAUCAAAAACCCUCCGUCUGAAUUCAAAACCCGAGCCCAAGAUCUUCACGUUUGAUCAUGUUGCAAAUACGGACACUACCCAGGAAUCUGUGUUCUCAAGCGUGGCCAAAAGCAUCGUUGAGUCUUGUAUGAACGGCUAUAACGGUACCAUCUUUGCAUAUGGACAGACUGGAUCUGGAAAAACAUUUACUAUGAUGGGGCCAUCUGAAUUUGAUAAUUUCACUCAUAAUUUAAGAGGAGUAAUUCCCCGGAGUUUUGAAUAUUUGUUUUUUUUAAUUGAUCGUGAAAAAGAGAAGGCUGGAGCUGGAAAGAGUUUUCUCUGCAAGUGCUCAUUCAUUGAAAUUUACAAUGAGCAGAUAUUUGAUCUGUUGGAUUCUGCUUCGACUGGAUUGUUUCUGCGGGAGCACAUCAAGAAGGGCGUGUUCGUUGUUGGUGCUGUGGAGCAGGUGUUAACCUCGGCUGCUGAAGCUUAUCAGGUGCUCUCCAGGGGUUGGAGAAAUCGCCGUGUGGCGUCUACAUCGAUGAACAGAGAGUCCUCUCGGUCUCAUGCUGUCUUUACAAUUACCAUUGAGUCAAUGGAAAAGAGCAAUGAAAUCGUUAACAUUCGCUCGUCACAGCUUAACUUGGUGGACUUGGCAGGUUCCGAAAGACAAAAGGAUACACACACGGAAGGCGUGAGACUGAAAGAAGCAGGUAAUAUAAACCGGUCAUUAAGCUGCCUGGGCCAAGUGAUUACAGCCCUGGUUGAUGUGGGUAAUGGAAAACAAAGACACGUUUGCUACAGAGACUCCAAGCUUACAUUCUUACUUCGGGAUUCUCUUGGAGGUAAUGCGAAGACAUCCAUAAUUGCAAAUGUCCAUCCUGGUUCAAAGUGUUUUGGUGAAACCCUAUCUACCCUUCAUUUUGCUCAAAGAGCAAAGCUAAUUAAAAACAAGGCUGUAGUAAAUGAAGACUCUCAAGGAAAUGUGAGCCAGCUUCAGGCAGAAGUAAAGAAGCUCAAAGAACAGCUUGCUAGCUUCACUUCAGGACAGACGCACACCAAGACUUUGAGCACAGAUGAAGAAAGCACUGAUUAUAGGAGUCAAUUCCUUGAGGCAAUGUUGUUCUUCAAGAAAUUUGAAAGUGAAAAGAAGACUUUGAUGGAAAAAGUUGCUCAGUUGGAAGAUCUGAGUAUCAAAAAGGAGAAGUUCAUUCAGUCCAACAAGAUGAUCGUUAAAUUCCGGGAGGAUCACAUUGUGCGUCUAGAGAAGCUACAGAAGGAAGCCCGGGGCAGCUUCUUGCCUGAAGAACAGGAUGAGCUGCUCUCAGAAUUGAGGGAGGAGAUAAGAACACUGAGAGAACAAAUGGAGCAGCACCCCCGAGUUGCAAAGUACGCCAUGGAAAAUCAUUCACUCAGGGAGGAGAACAAGCGGCUUCGUUCCUUACAGUCUGUGAAAAAGGCCCAAGAAAUCGAUGCUCAGACAAUCUCCCAACUGGAAAAUGCUUUCUUGGAAAUUAUGGGCUCAGAGAAAAAUCGUGAAGAUCAGCAAGUGUAUCCCAUCACCGGUACAGUGGACACCAGUUCGCUGGCCUCUGCUGAAAAACUGAAAGUACAGCUCCUGCAGACUCAAAGUGAGUUAUCCAGUUCAAAGCAAGAAUAUGAAGAAUUCAAAGAGCUAACCAAGAAAAAGCAAUUGGAACUUGAAUCCGAGCUUCAGUCACUUCAGAAAGCAAACCUGAAUCUGGAAAACAUAUUGGAGGCAACCAAAGCCUACAAACGCCAAGAAGUCUCACAGCUAAAUAAAAUUCACACAGAAACACUUAAGAUCAUAACUACCCCAACAAAGGCCUAUCAGCUACGCUCUCGGCUGGUACCCCGAUUAAGUCCCGAAAUCUUGACUCUUGGUUCUAUGGAAACCCCAAAUUCAAAAGAUCUGGAGGCUGAUAUUUUCAGUGAGCCAAUUCCUCCAGAGAUGAGUGAACAAGCUUAUGAGGCUAUUACAGAGGAACUCGGCAUAGUACAGGAGCAACUGAGUGUUACUCAAGCUAAACUGGAUGAAGAGGAAAGAAAAAAUAUGAAGCUUCAGCAGCACAUCGAUAAAUUAGAGCAUCAUUCUGCACAAAUGCAGGAGCUUUUCUCCUCCGAAAGAACAGACUGGAACAAACAACAGAACGAGCUCCUUGAAAAGGUGAACUCCAGUGAAAAGCAGAUUCAGGAUAUCCAAAGCAAGAACGAGUUUAUGAAAAGUGAAGUCCUUGAUCUGCGUGUGGUCCUCCAGUCAGCAGACAAGGAAUUAUCUACACUGAAGCAGGAGUACAGCGCAUUCAGAGAAAAUCAGGAAAAAGAACUCAGUCAACUUUCUGAAAGGCACAUGAAUGUUCAACUCCAGCUAGACAAUGUCAGAUUAGAGCACGAGAAGGUACUUGAAAGAAAAGCGUGUCUUCAGGAUUCCUACGACAAUCUACAGGAAGUAAUGAAGUUUGAGAUGGAUCAGUUAUCACAGGAACUCCAAAACAGCAGACAAGAAAGUCUAACACUGAAAGCUGAUCUUAAUAAUUUGUUGGAGCUUUUAGAAACUGAAAAAGAACGCAAUAAUAAGCUGAUUUCACAACUGGAAGAGGACAAGGAAAACAGCUCCAAGGAAACUUUGAAAAUCAUUCAAAAUAUCCAACAGGAAAAACAGAAGGAGGUGACAAAGUAUGAGCAGCAGAUUGAAAAAGUGCAGAAGCUUGAACAGAACUUGUUGGCUGCUGAAGAAAUGAUCGCUUCUCUGGAGAAGACCAAGGUUGCUGACAAGAAAGUUGUAACUGACUUGAUGAACCAGAUUCAGGAGUUGAGGACGUCUAUUGGUCAGAAAACAGAAACCAUAGAUAUGCUGAAAAGCGAACUGGAAGACAUAAACUGCAGGUAUAAUUCCACCUUGACUGACAAAGAAGAUUAUAAAACCGUCUUGGAGAAACAAGAAGAGCAAAUUGCAGAGUUGAAAGAAACCCUUAAGAGAAAACAGUUGGCUGAGGAUAUUGAGAGAGAAAUGAUGUGUGAAGACAUAGUCCACGUCACGGAGCAGUUGAACAAGUUAACAGAGGCUUCUAAAAACCAUUCAGUGCUUCUUCAGUCUGCCCAAGAAGAACUGGCAAAGAAGGAAAUAUUAAUUCAGGAACUACAGGAACAGCUGAGCCAAAAUAAAAAAGAACUGGAACAGCGGAAGAACGAAUAUGGCCUCAAAAUGAGACAACUGGAAUGUGUGAUGGAUUCUGCUACUGGGUUUCCUCAGAGUCCCAAAACGCCACCACCUUUCCAAGCAAAUCUUGCAAAACUUCUGGAAACACAGGAACAAGAGAUAGAAGACCGGAGAGCCUCAACUAUUUCUUUGCAACAUCUUGUGUCCAAGUUAAAUGAAGAGAGGGAUGCAAAAAAUGUUGACAUCCUGAGAAUGAAGGAGCAAUUAUGUGAACUGGAAAACACCCGGCUAGAAGUGCAGCAGUUAAUAGAGAAAAAUCGAGCCCUACAAAGUGAGCUUGAGGAUAUUAAAGGACAAAAGCAAGGCAGUAAUGAGAACUGUCCAGAUAUUCAGCAGCUGAUAAAAGAACGAGAAAAGGAAAUUGUUGAAGAAAGACUUGCUAAGAAUAAAGCAACUGAAGAAGUGAUGAGAUUGAAAUCAGAGCUAGAGGAUGCCAAAAAUGUCUUUAAAAGCAGAGAGCUGAUUUGGGUCGAAAUGAGUGAGGAAGUAGAAAGAACAAGGGCUUUGGAGUCGAAAGCUUUCCAGGAAAAAGAAAAGCUGCGAUCGAAACUUGAAGAAACUUUUGAAGAAAAAGACAAAAUUGCUCAGGAGAUGGACUUGCUAAGGAAGCAAGUGGAGUUCCUGGCCGAGGAAAAUGGAAAACUAGUGGGUCACCAGAACUUAAACCAGAAGAUUCAAUACCUUGUGAAAUUGAAAAAAGACUACGCAAAAGUGGUUGAAGAGUUAGAAAAGCAACGCAUUGAAAAUGCAUUUCUGAAGGAAGUGAAAAAAUGUGACUUUCCCCUGGAUCCCGGUCAACCACGCUAAAAGGCUGUUUUUCCACGCCACAAAAAUUGGGGCUGCACUCCUGCACGUGCCGAGAAAUAAUUAGGGGACUUGAUUUUCAAAACCUCAUUGUUAUGGCAGCUAAGUAUUUGAUGGAGCGGUCUGCUCCUUACUUGAGCCUCCUGAAGCCAUUCCGAUUCCUACAUCUUAGGUUCUAGUGUAACACCUGACUCCCACUGUAAAUAUUGGACCAAUGUUUUUUGUUUGUUUGUUUUGGGUUUUGUUUUUUUUUUACAAUAUUUGUGACUCUUUAGUUUACAUUUGGAAUAUUUCUGAAAAUUUUCCUGCUUGCUUCAUUUUCUCCGAUUUAUAUCGACGUGUAUAAAUUUAGAAGGUAUUCCUACUUUUAAACUGCCAAGUCAAAGUUAUGGUUUUUAAGUGUACUAUUAAUGAAAUUCAGCUAGAUGGCUGUUCUAUCAAAAUACAUUCUUGGGAAAUUUAUCCUGUACUGAUAGGUCUCUCAGGACACUCUGCCUUGAUUUUCUUUUUUUUUUUUAUCAUUUUCUUUUAGUGUGUCCUUUUGGUAGUGAAAUAAUUCAGACGCGAGACCUAGGAAAAUCCAUCUUAGAACUGUUACAAGACUAGGUUGUCUUUAAGAACAGGCUCAGUACUAUUAUCACAGACAGUUCCUAGGGUCGUAAAACUAGUCCUACACUUAGAGAUUGCAAAUUCUGUCCGAGGUGACUACUGUGUCUGUUGUGCCAACUGGUCAAGGUGUCUUGUGGAAAGAUGCUAGGGGUUACAUUACCAUUUUUCUUAACUUAUCCAGGAGUGAAUUAGAAAGACAGUGAAUAGUGUGGGCACGGAAGUGGAUGGGGUAGGAGAGAGCGGUUGCCACUCAGUUUUCGUUCUCCGAUCUAUCCCUUUCCCAAGGUCUCCUGUGAAUUAGAAAUUUCCCUCAGAACCAUCUCUAAGAAAAUCAGUGCCUGCCACGUCAGCCAGUGGGAUUCAGUGUUUUCUGUUCCUGGUUAAGUUCAGAAAAAUGCCUUGUAAGGAGAGGAGAGUUUCUAACCUCAUAGCACCUAACUGAGAGCCCUGGUCUCAAAAGGAAGCCAAGCGCUUUAAAAGCAAAAGCUAGGUUGGUUAUGUCUGCGUACUAUUUCUAUGGUGUAUGUCUUAAAUUUUAAAACCGUUCUGAAAUCUCAGGACCUUGAAAUAAACUCU